AUCAGCUGUUAUAUACCAGGCUCAGCUGUACACGGUCACCAUCUUCAAUCACAGAAGUAGUUUUUGUCAACAUACCGAUUUCUCAAAACUAUUUGUUGAAACAGUUUGCAAGACUUCACAACAAGGACUUCUCAACAAUAUCUACUGAAAAAGAUAUCUAUCAUGGAACUCACUAUAACACUGUUGAAUGGGAACUCACAUCGACUGACGGUUCAGCCACACACCACCGUGGGGUCUCUCAAGAGUCUGAUCAACCAACACUUUGGAGUGGCCAUAGAAAGGCAGAGGCUGUCAGGUGUCAAUGGGAACAACAUCAGUCUCAGCAAUGAUUCAAAAACUUUGAGUGACUAUGGCCUGCAUUCAGGAUCCAAAGUGAUGGUGCUGAUUACAGAACCCACUCAUAUCCAGGUGUUCCUGAAAAACGAAAAGGGCCAGACGCACACAUAUGAGGUGGUGUCAGGUGAGACUGUAACCCAGUUCAAAGCCAAGGUCCAAAACAAGGAGGGAGUCCCAGCCGACCAACAGAGGCUGAUUCACGAGGGCAAGCAGCUCGAUGAUGGCAAGAAACUGGAAGACUAUGGUGUCAGAAAUCUAAGCACUAUUCACCUGACGCUCCGUCUAAGGGGAGGCUGAAGACACCCAGUAUCGACCUGAAACCACCUGAAGCCCUUAACUUAUUAUGCAUUCCAUGUCUAUAGAGAAAAAGCUAUCUUGUCCAAAAAUUACCAGUGUUAAUGUUGUAGUCAGCUGUAAACUUUUAAAUUAAGCAUGGCUGAUAUUGGCUUUUGUUGAAAUAAUGUUAAUGACAUUGUAAUAAAGUAAUAACCAAGUA